AAAAAAAAGAGAAGAAAAAUGGAUCAACAAACAGGAGAUGUGGAAACUAACAGUGCCAGAGUUUGCAGCGCCCACUUUCUAACAGUCAAUGAGAGUGAGUGGGAGGAGGUUAUCUGACACCAUGUGUGUUGUGUGCCGCUUAGAAAUGCCUGCCCACUGUUGGCCUGACGACUGAAGAGAAGCUGCCCAUGAAAAGGCAAAAAGUCUGGCUUCAUAAGUCCAUGGCUUACCAUUGCAGAGAGGUCACAGCCAGCCUGUCUUGAUCUUUGGCCAUUUGCGGAGAUGGACGUCUUUGGCAACAAGUUACAGCAGAAGGCUCUGCAGCAACCUAAGCAGAAGAAAUCCAAGUCGGCUGAAUUUCUGAUGGAGAGCGAGGAGAGAGCUGCUGUUGUGGGCAUAGAAAAUCCUGCGUUCAAUGGAGAAGGAAGCGCCGCGCUUUCCAAUUCUCCGAGUUGGCUGGGGAGAAAAAUGCGAGGUGACAGGCCAGAUAGCACCCUUGCAGCUCACCAAAAAAAAUUGGAGCUGCAAGCCCCUGCCAGUGAAAGAGGAAAUGAACGUGUUCGAAAUUACUUUGACCCGCCACCGCCAGAACAGACAGACCCAAGGCAAUGCGAGACGGCUGGGGUCAGCGCCGAAGAUGAGCUGGAAUUAAAAAUACUGACGGCAGAUGAAAACAGACUGUAUGAAAGAAUGACGGCAUUGCUGAAUGAAGAUGAAACCUUUAUAAACAUACCUGGUACGCUGCAAGCCUCGAGGGAUGAGGAGGUGUUGGAGGUGAAGGCAGGUGAUCUGGUGCUUCAGCGGCGACUGCUGCUCCACAGUGGUGGUGGUGGUGGUGAUGCCUCGGGCCCCAGGCCCUCCCAGGCCCAUACCAUUGCCAAACCACAGGCAGAGAGUAGUGCUUGGCUGGGAGGAGAGGCUGGACUCCAAGCAGGGAGGAUGGUAGCAGGCAGGGAAAGUGCUGUAAAAACAAGAGCAGCUGAGGAAGUGAUCCCCUGCUACGCCCAGCAGCUGAGGGAGCAUGUGCGGCCUGACAUGAUCACGCUUGGCAGCCUUUCACUGCAGCAGCAACCAGAUCAGAAGGGAACCCAGGAACAGAGUGAGUGGGCAAAGAGAAAAAAAAGGCUAAUGGCUUUCUUCACUGGCAAUGUCGAGGAAUCCAGUUCACAGAGAGACAGUGAUGAAAUGUUAAGACCCCAGCCCAGAGUGAACACAUUGUUUCAGUGCAAAAACCUCGACAGCCUGUCGAUCAGAGCGCUAGGCGAAGGCCGAGAAGAGGGGGCGCCCAAGGAGCUCCCACAAUCCUCCUCUUCAGCAUCACGGCCCUCGUGGCAGGGGGACCAGGGAGACCUUCCCCAAUCUAUAGAGGUGUCUGUAUGUUGCCUGAGAGCGGCAAGAGACAAGCUACCUCGAGGUCUCUACUCUGUCAGAGUGGCACUUCAGAGCUCUUUAGGAGGUUCUUCUCUUCACCUGCGCAGUUUGAAAGAGCAAACCUGGUCGGCGUCUACUGAGCCAGUCGAGCACCGAGGCCGUUUCUACGACAAUGAGCUGCAUAUUAACCAGAGCGUCUUCAUGAGCUUACCUGCCACCUCUGAAAUCAACCCCUCCAUGGUUUUGCUGUUCCAACUGAUCAGCCUACCUGGACACAGCAGCCAUUUUAGCUCUGUACUGGCCUGGGGAGUAUUUCCUGUAUGCAGCAUGAGCCUGAGUCUGGUCCAAGGCAGAUUCAAAACUCCACUGAUCAGGGGGGAGCCCAGCCCACAGCUGGACCAGUUUAAAAAAAUUGAAGCUAUCAUCUCCUCCGAUCUAGACCACUGGCUGUGCAACCUGUAUUUUCAGGUAAAGAAAAUUCCACUCGGAACAUCCGGAGUGACAGAGCUAUUUGUUGCACCAUCGAGAUCCCUCUCCAACCCUAAAAUCUUAUCCAAACCCGAGGAUCACCAUGACCUGACCCUUACCCAGCGACCCACAUCCCAGUCUCAGAUUUGCCCACAUCCCCUUCUUCUCCAGUCCCAGCAGCAUCUGCGCGUCGGCCCCGGCUGCAGAGCGGGAGACUCCACAGUCGGGCUCUCUCAACACGGUUCACCUCUCCACCUGUCAGCUGAUUCCGCUUGCUCUUCAGCAUCUCUGCCAGGGAAGAACGACUCCCCAGAAGUCUUUUCAGGAAGUGCAGUAGAGAAGACUGAUCCGUGCCGGGAGAAAGCAGAAGUUGGCUUCCAGUACAAGAAGAAGCCAAUCAAGAAGACAAAUAGCUGCGGCCCCAGCAUGAGCGGCAGAAGCGCGCCGCCUCUCCUGGCAGACAAACAGAAGAUGCAACCAACAGUGGAGAACCUCUCCACGGAGGAGAUGGAAGGAUAUACUUUCUUUUUACAAUCAUCACCAAUUACACCGAGAUCACGUCCCCCACGACUGUCGGAUCGAGCCCGACUCGCCCUGCGCAUGCUGCCAUCCGAGCUGGGCCUGCCGUUGUCGUGGCAACAGCAACAACCGCACAGACGCUGGCAUGACUCCGUUCAACAGCUCGCCCUCAUUAUUCUGCUGCUGGCUUUGAUGUGGUUUGUGAGGCUUUACCUGCAUUACUGCAGCCAGUGGCUCUACCUUCAGGCCAUUGCUGUUCCUGUCAACAAAUUUCACUUCCAUGCACACACAGUGGAUCUCAUCUACCAGAGCUCUUUGCUCCACACCCGAGAGGAGCUGGCAAUGGUGGUGGUGGGUCCCCUGACCUUGAACGCUGUAACGUUCCUGCUGGUUCUGAUCAGAUGGGGCUGUCAGCUGAUAUUUGGCUCACUCCCUUCCUUCACGUCAAAUUUUAUCAUGGCUCAGGGAGUGUGGACAGUCCUCGACCCCCUGGCGGUCUUUGCUGUGGACGCCGUCCUCGGGCAUUUGGCCUACAGUCCGGACACACCAGUAGGAGAUGCAGCCAAGCUUUACUGGCACUUCUAUAGAGCGGAUGGAUCCGGUGCAGCAGGAGUGGUCAUCACUCUGUUCCUCUACGCGGUCCACGUCCUUCUCUCCAUCACUAUUCUCACUAUUUACCUUCUCAGAUUCCACAACGAUGGUCGCAUGCUGGAUGUGUACCAGCGACUCACCGCCAAAGAGGGCAUGUAUUUUCUACCUGAAGACCUUGAGUUGUCAAAUCAAGAACUCAGCUACAUUGUCAAAAAGGCAGAGCAGUGGAGAGGCUUCAAUGGAGAGAGACGUAAGGUGGCGGUUUAUGACUCUAUCUGGACAGCAGAGGACUCUCUCUCCAGCCCCGUUGCCCCCGGUGAUGAGCCCCACACCGAGGAUGGUUUGCCACCGGAGAGCGAGACCAGCACUCAUGUCGUAAUCCAAACUCUGUACCUGAGUGGGCUAAAACAAAGAUACAGACACUUCCUCCGACAACCUGAUGGGGCUAUCAUUGAGGUGAUUGGUGAACUACAUGGAUUGGAAAAUGCAACCAAGGAGGUGCCUUCUUGCCUGGAUCAGAGCUCAUCCCGUCAAAGAGAGGACAAGGCGGGUGCCAGCAUCUCCCUUCAGCUACGGAAACGCAAAAAACUGUUUGGCCGGUCCAAUCGUGUGGAGCCAAUAGCAGGAAGUGAAUGUGGCUCGAGUUUUGCGAGACUGCCAGACCUCACUCAGUAACAACGAAGACCACGUAAAGAUUUGAUUGUGUUCUAACACAUUAGUCAAUGAGAUUUUUGACAC